AUAUAUUUUACGUGCAGUUUCGCUGGCCUGCAGAUCUAAUUGCUACAAUAGAAUUUCGUGAAUCUUCGACGAAUAUUGCGUAAAUCUAAACAAAUGUUUCCCUUAAAAACUUGUUGAUGAUCGUGCAUCUCCCGUCACACAUUUCUCUCGAUCUGCAGUGAUUACAGCCAGAGGCUUAUCCAUUAUAAUACUUCACUAUGUUUGGACCGUCUGUUUUUGGAGGAUUUGACGAUCCAUUUUUCAGUGAUAUGCAGGAGACACAUCGUCGGCACAUGUCAUCGAUGCAGAGUAUGUUCUCACACCCUUUCAUGCAGCCAGCUAUAGAAGGUAGAGGUGCAAUGAGAUCCCUUCAACCAGCAAGGAAUCCUGCAAACAAUCCAAUGGCGAUGUCUCCCUUUGGUAUGAUGGGAAUGAAUCCCAUGUUUGCAGAUAUGAACUCCAUGAUGGGAAAUAUGCAGAGGCAUAUGGAAAGAGUAGCCAACGAUCCCAACUCUCACUGCUUCUCGUCAUCAUCUGUGAUGAGUUACUCUAAUACCGGAGAUGGUGCACCGCAAUACUACCAGGCUUCUUCAUCCACCAGACAAGCACCUGGAGGGAUUCGUGAAACAAGGAAAACAGUAAGGGAUUCAAUGGUAGGCGUCGAUAAAAUGGCAAUCGGCCAUCACAUUGGUGAAAGAGGUCAUGUGAUUGAGAAAUCAAGGAAUUCUAGAACAGGAGACCAGGAAGAGAAGCAAGACUUCUUGAAUAUCGAUGAAAGUGAUGCACAUGCAUUUGAUAGUGAAUGGAAGCAUAGAACAGGCGGUCAUCGUGGAGGUGGACGUUCUGUAGGGGCUAGCAGGCCAACCGUGUCCGCUAUCACAGACGGCAGAGAGUACAGGCACGAUAGAGAGCAGAGGCCCGUGAGACACCAUCAAGACAACCAGCAAUCUGUCCGAUUCGAUCGUUCUGAGACAACCUCUGACGACGCCCAUCCUUACCACCGCCGCCCCACCCCUGCCAGACCCAAGGGACCAGGCCAAGGCGGGAGGCAGAGAGACCAAAGGGACCUGUAGAAACAUUCAGUAUCGUAGAAUAUGAAUAUAUAUAUAUCACCUUUGUAAUAUACUGUCCUUAGAGAAACAAGCAAAUGAAAAAGAAAAGAAAGAAAUUUCCUUUGUAAUAUAAUGUCCUUAGAAAAACAUGCAAAAUAAUAAUAAUAAAAAACAAAAAGAAAAAUCCACACAAAAUUUGAUGCAAUACAGAUUGAAGUUGGUCCAAUUAUAUGUUGCUUAUCUUGAACUGUAUUCUUAUUACUUGGACUAAUGCCCCCCCCCCCCCCCCCCCGGAAAAAAGGGAGAGUGUUUUUGAAAAGUGAUAUUAUUUUUCAGAAAUGUCAGUAUUAAAAUAAGUCAUGUUUGUAUCAUAUUUCAUUUUACAUUCAUGCUAGGUAAAAACAAACUUAAGAUCUGCCAAAAGUUGUGUAUGGUCCAACGAUAAUGGAAAGUCUCCAUAUGAAUUGAAAUAUUCUUAUUAAUUCCAUUUAUUUCAUUCAUUGAAGUAAUGUAUUUUAAUUAAAUUCAGUAUUAAAGAAAAACAUCUUUGUAAUGAUUUUUUUUGUGCAUAAUUCUUUGAGCUAUACUCAUUCAUUACAUGAUGAAAUUUAAAUGAAAAUGUCACAAUUUACAUGAAGGAGGAAAGUCAUGCUACCCAAUAUUUCAUUUUGUUUUUUGAAACUGAGAAGUAGGGUUCACACUUGGACACAGAUGUGUUCUCACGAAAGACCAGAGGCUUGAAUGUUGUGUACACUCCAACUGAAGUGGAGUGAAAUGUAUCGAUGGGUGAAUGACGAUCAUUGUUGAAAUUAUGUGUUAAGGUAGAUCAAAUGAUUGCCUAGCCGCGUCUGAAAGUAUCGAUGAAUUGUGUCCGCUUAUUACAGAGCAUGAUGUAUAUAACUAUGUGUGUAUUGAUGGAAUAUGUUUGUAUAAUAUAGCUAUCUGAUUUCAACUAUCUUUAUGAUAAGUUUGGGAAGUGGGAUUGUUCAUUCAAAAGAUUAUCAUUAUACAUAAUCUUGUUUGCUGUGUGAUAACACUGUACAGUUGCUCACAGAACUAACAAUUAUCAAUAUUCAAAUGUAAAAAGUAACAUUGUUUAGUACUAAAUAUUGGCAGAGAAUUCAUUUUUCUUGAGGAUAUGACCCUCCCACUGUGCCAAAAGUAAUUUAAAAAUGCAGUAGAGGUGUAAAUAGAGACCAUAUAAUACUGUACUAAGGGGCAUGACAUUGUCACUGACACAUAAUAGGUUGUUUAUGUAAAUUUCUAACGACCUUUUGUUUCAUGUCACACUACUUAUGGACACAGUUUGGACAGUCAUACACUUGAGGUAGACCCAAUUAUUAGCCAAAAUUCUGGAGAUUAAUAAAUAUAUGAAUUUCUGACAUUCAGAAAUCAUUCAGAUCAUCUUUUUAGAACACUAGCUUCUGGGCACCAAUAAUAUUUCUGUACAACAUGGUGUAUGAUAUUGCUUUGACCAUCCAUGUCUCAUACUUGAAAUUUCACAUUUGAGAUAGAAGUGUUGCAAUUUGCAGUGUAAAAUGACUGGUUUUGCACUUAUGAUUGUUUACUCUACAGAUGAGCAUUAUUUUCAUUAUGGGUUUUCAGUAAUAUUAGGAUUGCACUAGAGUUUUCCCUUCGUGCAUGUUGUAUGUGUUGUUUUUGUCAAAGUGAUUAUUUACAAUAAUGUGAUUUUGUCUUGUAUUUAAUUGGUUUAGUAUUUUCCAUAUUGUCUGCUGAAAUGGCAGAAUCGUUACAAUCCUCAAGCAGACCUACCAUUUUCUCAACUAUGUUGGUUUACAGCUUGUCGGUCAUGUAUGAUCCAAACAAUUAUUUUAUUAUCAGAACUAAUAUACGUCAUAUCAUGUAAGUACCAGAGGACUGGGUACCAAUACUCAUCAUUAAGAUAUUAAAAAUCUCUCCCAAACUGAAGAGAGAACAUGAAAUUGCCCAACUAACACCUACCCACUGCUUUGAGGUACCAUUUAGAGUCUUAGUUUUCCAAUAAUUUCAUUAAUGCGAUUGUCAUCAAUUCAACCAGUUUUCAAUGGAAGUUUAUUAACGUCUUUUCAUGGGUAGGAAUACUAACAUAAUCAAUGUGGAGUCUUGAAUACAUUAUGAAUACAAAGUAUAUACAUUACUCUUUUAGUUAAAGUCAUUGUUAGGUCGGGAUUCUUGUAGAUCUACUGGUGAUUUCCUAUCAACUUGAGAUUUACCCAGAAAUCUCACUGUGCUGCAGCUCGAUUUGUUUUUAAUGUACAUGUACAUUCCUGCAUUUUGUGAAUAAAUAUUCUGUCCACCAUCAAA